UCUCCUUUUCUUCUCUCCUAAUGGCUUUGUGCCGAUUCGCUUAUUGUUCCCCUGCUUCAUCUGCUCCCAAAUUCAUUCGUUUCCCGAAAUACCCUUCAAAACACGUUAAAUUCUCUUUGCUGCCGUUCUCAUUCGCAACGAUGGAAGCUCCUCCAGAAGGUUACCGCAGGAACGUUGGUAUCUGUCUCAUGAACGCUCACAAGAAGAUUUUCGCGGCUUCGAGGCUCGACAUUCCCAAUGCUUGGCAAAUGCCGCAGGGUGGUAUUGAUGAAGGUGAGGAUCCAAGAAAUGCAGCUAUCAGGGAAUUAAGAGAAGAGACGGGAGUUAAUUCGGCCGAAGUGAUCGCAGAGGUACCAUAUUGGUUAACUUAUGAUUUCCCACCGAAAGUGAGGGACAAAUUAAAUAUUCAGUGGGGAUCUGAUUGGAAGGGUCAGGCACAGAAAUGGUUUCUUUUAAAGUUCACUGGGCAAGAUCAAGAAAUCAAUCUUCUGGGUGAUGGCACUGAGAAAGCUGAAUUUGGGGAAUGGUCAUGGAUAUCACCUGAACAAAUAAUUGAUCUUGCAGUAGAUUUCAAAAAGCCUGUCUACAAGGAAGUCCUAGCAGAGUUUGCUCCAUAUUUCCAAUAGUCUUAUCUCUGCCAGAAAUUGUUAUGGCUUUCCAAUGACAGUGCUUUUGGUGAUUCAGAGGUUGUUUUUAAGAAGAAUGUAUUCCAAAUAAACUACCUAGACACGCGAAGAGAGCUAUUUAUGUAUGUCCGAGUGAAAUAUAUAUUAUGGUAGAAAUUGGCAUGUCAGGAAUUGCA